AGUAGGUGGGAUAUCCUUGAGAAAAGCGGUAGUGGUAGUAGUCUGUUGGUGUUUAGCUUAGGGAAGCGAUCAUUUUCAUAUCAGUUUGUGUUUAUGUGUCGACACGUCCGUUUAGUUUAGUUAAAUCAUAAUUAAGGUAAUUUGUGUUAUGGAACUAGAUAAAAUGGACGAGAACGACUGGAAAUACCACGGAGAGGGUAAUAAGAGUCUAGUUGUCUCUCAUGUUCAGCAUUCGCAAGUCCUUCGCCUUUUGAAAUACCCCACAGAAGAUGCUGAACACGCACACCAGACAUCGGAGCAGGCCUUCAAACACAUCCAGAACAUCGUGGAAUUCAGUAAGAAUGUCAUGAAGCCUCUUCUCGGAGAGACCUGCGUCCACCACGGGGAAGCUGUUAAACUCCCCUUGGAUUUUCUGAGGCAACUGUCCUUAAAGGUCCAACACGAGCGGCCAGAGUCGCGCUGUGACAAGGUGAUGGACACGUUCAGCGGCUGCGCGCUGUGCCUGCCCAACCUGACGCAGCUCUCUGCCUGCCGCCUCAGCGACCGCCGGCCGCAGCUCUGCAUCGAGAUCAAGCCAAAAUGUGGAUUUCUGCCGUCUUCACAGCUAAUCAUGAAGGAGGUCAAGCGGCGAGUGUGUCGGUUUUGCAUGCACCAGCACUUUAAGAUAGCUAAUGGAAAGUGGAAGCGGAUGAGCAGAUACUGUCCUCUGGAUCUGUUUUCAGGGAACAAACAGAGAAUGUACUUGACAAUUAAACACUUACUAGAAGAACCACAGAACAACUUAAAAAUUUUCAAGAAUGGUGAGCUGAUCUACGGCUGCGAGGAGGUUGCGUCCUGCCAGCAGGACCUGGACGCGCUCGCCCACCACCUUGGGCCCUACUUUCCCACGCAGGACACCGAUGCGCCCGUCAACGAGCUCAUUCAGGCCAUCGUGGGCACGCUGCUCGACAGCCCAGGAUGCGACCAUGCCGGGGAUCACUGGAGGGCGCCCCCUGUGGAUGGCUGUACUUACUGCGAGGGCAGCCCACUGCCUUGCGAGUUGCUCCAGAACGAGAACCACAGCCUGCCCAAGGAUUGCAUCCUGCACAGAAUACUCCAAGCUCAGAUGCUGGACAACCUUGACAUCGAAGGGGUUUACCCCUUGUACAAGCGAGUCGAGCAGUACCUUGAGGAAUUCCCUAAAGAGAGGGGAAAGCUACAGCUAGAUGGGCCCUACAAUGAAAAAUUCUUGGAAAAACUGAAAAGCUGUCCAGCCGAAGACGAUGGUUCCAUUGAAUAUGCUGUUGGAAAGGUUCACCAGUACAGAGUGUCGAUGACAGCCAAAGACUGCUCUAUCCUGAUUGCCUUCUCCCCAUGUGGAGAGGAUGAACUGCUGGAGCCCAACCUGGAUUUACAGACUCCAAAGCCCAGGUUCACAACAUCCGUGUCCAUCUUAGACUUAGACCCCAAACCGUACGAGAGCAUCGCUCACCAGUACAAACUGGACUCAAAAAUCGUGAACUACUAUCUGUGGAACACGCAGGCCAAUCAGAACAAACCGCACGCACCAGCAACGCAUGUCUACCUGGAGAGAGAUGCUCAGGACUGCACCCUAGUGUUUCAGGCUGUCUGAACAUACUUUAGUUAUGCAAAGUGGACCUAGAUACCUCCUCCCCCCCAACCCCCUCCUGCAAAGCUGAAUGCCGUUCUUGCUGAGUGAAUGUAGGACUGCGGUAUAAAGUUGUCGUUCCUCGAGCUGCAGCCUAUUUCCCGAGACUGGUCUCGAGCGGCACGACAUGCCUUCACUGUGUCAUCAAGACAGAGCUGGAUGGAUCCUGCACCUUUAGGCAGUUCGGAUGCCCAUUCGAUCGCACAGAAUUCUGCCGUAGGUGCAGGAUCCAACUUUUCAAUUGGCUCCAUUGUUGGUCUGUUUUAAGCAACGUAAAAAAAAGGUGAAAGAUAGAAAGCACUAAUAAUUAUACUUUUUUCUGCAGUGAUGUCAAGCUCUGACUAAAUGAGGUCUCACGGUUCUGUUCUUGAGCAUUUAUUCAAAGUUACUAGUGUAAUUCAGGUUAAGUAAUUACUAAAGGCGAGAGAAGCUUCUGGGAACAAACUAGUAACCACAGCUUUAAGUCUGACUAUUUUUGACGAGGUCAAUGUUUAGACCUGCAUUUUAACCACUGAUCGACGUGGGAUAUUUCGACUUAUGUGACCAGGAAGCAGAGCUGGUGGUGAUGUGAGAUAAUUCUUAGGAAUAACUGCGGCAGGUGGUGAGUAGUGCAGGCGAACUGAGGAACGCGGGCUGCUUACAGACUUGUUGAAGUGACCCCCUUACAGUGAACGGGCUCAUGCUGAACAGUCCCACCUUAGCUUUACUCAACUCUAAAACCCCAUAGAAGCCAGCUCGCUUUAUCAAAUGUCAAGUUCCUAAAAGCUGCACGGUGAUUUUGUCAGGGCAGAGAGCAUCGACCCCUUGUACCCACCCAAAUUUAAAAUGAAAUCCUUCCAUGAGCGGAAUGGACAGAUCUUCAGCCUGGGAGAAAUGCCAGAAAAAAACCACUUCAUUUUCCUUGUUAAACUGCUCUGGAUUACAGCGUCUGUUUUAUUGACUCUCUUGAGCAGUGCAUGGCUCCCUUUAUACCGCGUGAGCUGGGAUUUGAUGAAUGUGGUUGAGGUCUGAGGCAUACCCCCCUCCUCCCCUCCAUAUUCAGAGUCUCUUUUGGCAAGACUUGGUAACCCUUUCUGGAGCCAGGAAGGCCACAGAGUCAUCUUUUCCAGUGUUUAACAUUGGCUUGAGCCUGUAUUGGUUUAAAUGACCCGUUACUGAAAAUGCAGAAUAAGCAUAAAUGAACCCCCCCCCACCUCAGAACCCAACAGCUUCAGUAAUGUGAAUUACCUCUUAAGACAUAAAUGGGAAAAUCGCAAACUUACAGCUUUGAUCGGCUUCUUUCCCAGUCGGAUUUGGUUGAGCUGAACAGCCUUCAGCUGUCAAGUGCUGCUACACGAUUGCAAUGCUCACGUGUAACAUCUCGGGGAUGAUUAUUCAUAGCACAAGUGUUCCUGCGUAUGAGACGCCAAAGCCACCACCAGAGGGUCUGUGCCUUGUUCCUCAGUCCCAGUGAAAUCAUGCCUGAAACUCCAGGCUGAGCUGGAAUGCAGACCCUAUCCACCAAGUCGUCCUGGAUCAUUCUCGCACUCUCGCUGUCAUUUAGCUUGAACUGUAUGUGGUAGAUUUAACAGCUACUACUCUACAUCAUGCCUACUUUUCAAAUUAACUGACCACUAUUAAUUAAUCUGAAAAUCCUGCCAAAGAUGGAAUAUGAUCCAUUUGUCUUAACAGAUCUCCAUGUUUUGCAGAAAACUCUAGUUUUUAUGUAUUAUACAAUUUCUAUGCACACACACACACACACACACACACACAAAUAGACCCAGUAAUAGUUAUUUGACCCAGGGUGUAUAAUGCAGUAAAACAGCAAUUUGGUGUGUUUGGAGCAUACCGAAGACUUACACUGUUUUCUUGGGAAGAUCCAUGAUUAAACAGGACAGGAGACACUAAUAAUAAUAAAUAAAAACUAGCACUGUGAUACUGAAGUAACCCGUACUGCUACGUUGGGUAGGUGCAGCAGAAUAUGACAGACUUUUUGUAUUUAAAUGUUAUU